AUGAACAUCACUAGCCCAAUCAGCACCCCUGACGCAGCCACCCAGGGGCCGAUUUUGGUGGAAGGCUUACUGCAGUAUCUCCUGCAAGGAGUGAUUUUAUCGCAGGGAGCGAAGUUCUGUUCGCUUUGUGCUAAUGAUUCUGCACGGUUGCGCGUGUAUGUCGCAAGUCUAGUGUUCUCUUCUGUUCUGCAGACGGUACUGGAGACGUACAAGGUCUGGAUGGAGGUCAUCGACCGUCUGCAUUGGGUUUGCCUUCUCUUCCCUGUGCAAGAAUUCUCGGUUAUCCUGAUUGGGGGUAUACAGUACAUCGGCCCGCUGCAUAGCACGGAGUUCCUGUUAAACGGCCUGAUUUGCACCAUGUGCGAAGGGUUUCUCAUAAGAAGGUGCUGGAAGUCCACACAGCGGAGCUUUCUUGUACUCGCUGGGCUCGGAUCACUGGCCCUAGCGACUUUCACGGCAAAUAUCUAUCUGGCUGUGCGAAUAGCAACGACUAUCAGUAUCGCUACUGGCUACGCGGACCCGUUGAAAGUCGGUCACUGGGCUUUCCCGCUAUGGGUCUUCGGCUCGCUGAGUCUCUCGAUCUCCUUCACAUGCAUUCUGUCGAUGUACCUAUGGAAGAUCCAAACGGGCCUCACCUACCUCGACAAGGUACUCAGGAACAUCAUCGCGCUCACCUGGGAGACGGCCGCCCUUCCCAGCACAUGCAUGAUCAUCGCAGCGAUCUUCUACUGCAGCAGAGAGAUUACCGAUCCCAGACACCUCGACCUCCUGUUCAUCCUCCUCACCGCCAAGCUGUACACGCUCGGGAUCCUGCGCACUCUGAACGCCCGGGUCCACAUCCGCGAACGUCUGGCAUCUAAAGACCUCGGCCGUGUGACACUGAGUGACUACAACUGGAACGACGCGUCAGCGCCGUCCUCCUCGAGCACCCGCAAGCCAGCAGCCCCAGACGAAGGGAUCCCUCCAGACUGCCCGGCCUCCCAAGGCCACGAAAUGCAAUUCAUCACAGUGGCCAGCGCACUCGAGGACGGACCUCAGACUGAGGACCCACCCCUCACUCACAGAGAACGACCUUUCGAACGAUGCCACCGCUCGAACUCGUCAAGAAUCUAUUUCCAAGACAAUUCCUCAGUGUACCUCUAG